AUGGUUUGUGGGAAAUUAUCUCAAGUUGUCCGCUACAAGACAAUGUGGUAUUUUGUGGUCGUCGUUAUAUCCGUCACUUUAGUUACAAAUCUUUUUAUCAUUUUCCCAACGGCGUUUUCUAUGCAUGAUGAACAUGAUAGUAUGCGCAGCUCAUUCAUCAACGCGCGUCUUCCACGCGUGGACUCACGUAGGAUCGGACAAGACUCGCGCGAUGUAGCGUGGGACUCGCGUACGAGCUUUUCCCCACCUGAAAAACCUGUUGAUACGACACAAGACGGAUUGAUAACGACUGAGAGGACGGCACGAAUGCCCGAUCCAUCUUUAUCCACAGGUGGUAGAAAUAUCCAUUCAGAUCCUACAAUAUCCCAGGAAUGCCAGAAUUUGUAUCGCCAUCACAUGAGCCCACCCUAUCGGUUAUCAGCAGUUCUCCUGGUUCGUGUAUACCGUCAUGAUCGCGCGGGACUUUCAAGUCGCGAGAUGUUACAAUGGUUAUUCUACCUUCGCUAUGCUGGCUUCGAUCACGUGUUUGUCUACGAUGCUUAUGUCGGCAAAAAGGAAUCACAAUAUCACGUGCUUUUACCGCUUGUCCAAUCGGGUUACAUUACAUAUGUAGACUGGAGUGCAUAUAAUCCAUAUACAAUAAAAGGCACUCAGAUUUCUGCUUACCAAGACUGUGUUGAUAACUACGGGAGUAAUCUAACCUGGCACAUGGCUAUAGAUAUUGACGAAUAUCCAUUUAGUCCUAUUGACGUGGAACCUAACUUUAUGCAAAGAUUUCUUCACAACUUCUCCGUUGAAAACCCACAUGUUUCGCAAAUAACGCUACAAAACUACCUGUUUUUAGGAAAGCCACUUGACUCGCAAGACAACCCGUUUCUUAUAGCGCGGUUGAGACGUAGAACGCACAAAAAAGGGAAUGACUUGGGAAAGUCGGUGUUCCGGGUUGCGCAAAUGCGCACAGCUGAAGUUCAUCAUAAUGAAAUGCGCGAUGGUAAGACAAUAGAUAGCGAUGCGCAAGUAAUGCGUCUGAACCAUUAUUGGGGUGCGCGUUUGCAGGAUUGGGGCGAGGAUACCCCCAGAAUACUAAAAUUGACCGAAACUGAUUAUUCAGUAAAGCCAAUUGUUGAUCGGUUAAAUCGCUGUUCAAAAUACUUUGGGACUGGUAGUCUGUAUAUGAAAAGAUGGAACUGA